AUGAAGCUCUACCACAGACUCCCCACUAUCACUCGUAACUUCAGCCUCUGGAACGGCCUCAGGGCUCGAGUGCUACAAACCCCGUUGUUCGGCACUCCGGGAAAAACACAUCCACCUCCUCAGGCACCUAGAGAAGAAACGAUUUCUCCUCCUCUCAAUGUUUUCAAACGACCUCUUGCUUUCUUCUCCGAUCGCCCCGUGACAGGUUUCUAUCGAGACGGCUAUUGCAGAACCGGUGCGGCCGAUUUCGGCAACCAUGCUGUUGCGGGGGUCGUGUCAGAGGAGUUCUUGGAUUAUUCGGCUUCUCAGGGAAACGAUCUUCGAGUUGCUGGGCUGACAGAUGGCUGCAAGUGGUGCCUUUGCACGUCAAGAUGGCUAGAGGCCUUCCAGGCAUACACGGAUGGGAAGAUCAGUAAGACCGCCGUGCCUAGGGUGUAUCUUGAGGCAACUGAAGAUAGCGCUCUGCGAAGGGUUGAUCUGGACACUUUGCGUGAAUUUGCGGCCAAGAAAGAGACGAGCGAUGCCAACGGUGUGAAUGGAGUGCAUGGUGUUUGA